UGUAUUUCCCCUUUAGAUUGUGAAAUGUGGUUCAGGGUCUUUACAACUUUCCUUUCCUUCAUAGCAGGUGCUUGUUCCGGGCUGAAGGUGGCGGUCCCAUCACACACAGUCCACGGCAUCAGGGGUCAGGCUCUCUACCUCCCCGUACACUAUGGAUUCCACACUCCGGCUUCAGACAUCCAGAUCAUAUGGCUGUUUGAGAGACCCCACACGAUGCCCAAAUACUUACUGGGCUCUGUGAACAAGUCUGUGGUUCCCGACUUGGAAUACCAACACAAAUUCACCAUGAUGCCACCCAAUGCCUCCCUGCUCAUCAACCCAUUGCAGUUCACUGAUGAAGGCAAUUAUAUCGUGAAGGUCAACAUUCAGGGAAAUGGAACUGUGUCAGCUAGUCAGAAGAUUCAAGUUACCGUUGAUGAUCCUGUCACGAAACCAGUGGUGCAGACUCAGCCUUCCUCUGGGGCUGUGGAGUAUGUGGGGAACAUGACCCUCACAUGCCUCGUGGAAGGGGGCACCCGGCUGGUUUACCAGUGGCUAAAAAAUGGGAGGCCUGUCCACACCAGCUCCACCAACUCCUUUUCUCUCCAAAACAACAGCCUUCAUAUUGUUCCAGUGACCAAAGAAGACAUUGGGAAUUACAGUUGUCUGGUGAAGAACCCUAUCAGUGAGAUGGAAAGUGACAUCAUUAUGCCUACCAUAUAUUAUGGACCUUAUGGACUUCAAGUUAAUUCUGAUAAAGGGCUAAAAGUAGGGGAAGUGUUCACUGUGGAUAUUGGAGAAGCGAUCUUGUUUGAUUGUUCUGCUGAUUCUUAUCCUCCCAACACCUACUCCUGGAUCCGGAGGACAGACAAUGUCACUUAUGUCAUUAAGCACGGGCCUCGCUUGGAAGUCGCAUCUGAGAAAAUAGCCCAGAAGACAACUGACUAUGUGUGCUGUGCUUACAACAAUGUAACUGGGAGGCGAGAUGAAACUCAUUUCACCAUCAUCAUCACUUCUGUAGGAAUAGAGAAACUUGCGCAAAAAGGGAAAUCAUUGUCCCCUUUAGCAAGUAUAACUGGAAUAUCACUCUUUUUGAUUAUAUCCAUGUGUCUUCUCCUCCUAUGGAAAAAAUAUCAACCCUACAAAGUUAUAAAGCAAAAGCUAGAAGGCAGGCCAGAGACCGAAUACAGGAAAGCUCAAACGUUUUCAGGCCACGAAGAUGCUCUGGAUGACUUUGGAAUAUAUGAAUUUGUUGCUUUUCCAGAUGCUUCUGGUGUUCCCAGGAUGCCAACGAGAUCUGUUCCAGCCUCUGAUGGUGUACCAGGGCAAGAUUUGCACAGUACAAUUUACGAAGUUAUUCAGCACAUCCCUGCCCAACAGCAAGACCAUCCAGAGUGAGCAUUCAUGGGCAAAGCAAUGCAUUGAAAUGAAAUAAUGAAAGCACAUAUUGAGGAAAAACAGUGAAAAUGUAUAUUCAUCCGGAAUCAGUGAAGGAAUCAAACCUGAUACCUCUUACUCAUCACUCCUUUUAAUGCAGAAUAGAGUCAUUUAUAAAAAUCAGACUGCAGGUUUUCCAGCAUACACACAAUGCAUUGUGCUACAGAGGAGCAUGGUGGGGAA